AGUGGACACAACCGUCCCGUCGGAAGCGGACAUGACCCCGUACGUGAAAGAGCGACAAGAGACAGCAGCCUCGGCACACUCUAGCCAACCGCCACCUCGAACAGGGCAUGACAGGUAGGCUCGCUCUCUCACCCCCCUCAAGGACAAUGGGCGGGCAGAGAGGUCGCCUCUCCCUCCGCCGAGCUGAGCCGCCGGACUCGCCGGACGUCCUCCACACACGCCUUCUGAGACCGCCGAUCAGCGAAGAUUCCCGCGCCCGGCCACAGAUGGGGCGCGUUCCCGUCAGGCUCCUCUUCUUCCUCCCACCCCCUCCUUGGCUGUGCCGCCUAUCUAUCUGCCUUGCCCCCCAAAGCAGAACUGGUUCGCAUGGAACACCGAGACAGGCACGAAAAAAACCCAGGGUGCAGAGCUACGUCGACGAAAGCUGAAAGAGAGACGCGCACACGCAGGUGCACAUACCUCCCUCCUUCCCUUCCCGGCCGAGUUGACUAGGAAAGAUCGACGUGAUCUGG